CUUUGCAUUUUGAUCUACAUCGUGAUUUCUGAAGCACCUUAUUUCAUAUAGCAAUAUAUGUUAUAUUUAUUACUUUAUUUAAAUUACCUAUUACUGUAAUAAUUUUUUUUAUAACAACCGAUUAAUACCUAUAUAAAAUAUUUUGUUUUUUAAAUCUAUACAAUUAAUUAAAGAUUGAUUAACCAACAUAUCAUUAAGUAUUAUAAUAUACAUAUAGUAGGUACAAACUGUACAAUGUACAAUGCUCAUUAUAAUAUCAUAUGUAAAUGAUUAUACAUAAUAAUAGUCAACAAAUUGUCAAGUUGAUAUGUUACCUACUCUACUAUACCUAUAUCGUUUGAAUUAAUAUAAAAAUAUAAUACAACAUAACGUGAUCGAUUAAAAAUAGUGUAUCAAACGUCAAGUCGAGUAAAUGUACAUAUUUGAUGUUUUUUUAACUUAAUAAAGUAUUCAUUUUCCGUUUUUAGUAUAUGGGUAUUAAGGGUCAGAAUAGAUAUAGGUAUCAUACUAAUUACUAUAUUAUACAUACACACACACAUACACACAUACACACAUACAUACAUACAUACAUACAUACUUAUAUCAAUACAUCAUACAUACCGCCUACAUACAUAAGAUAAGUGAAACGAAACAAAAUUAAAUGUGACGAAGUCUCAAUCAAACUGGACACUUCUGACCAAACGUAUAUCAUCACUCAUAAGUCAUAGCGUAAGAAUACUUGAGGUUAUAUAUCAUAUUAUUAGCAUUUGCUAUAUAUCGUUACAUAUUAUAUUAUAACCUGCAGGUAUAAUAAGGGCAUGAAUACACAAACAUCUAUUAUCGGAGCUGUUUAUUAUAGAUCUCUCAAACGUCGUCCGUCACAAUAAUAAAUGGUAAUAAGUAAUAAUAAAAUGUUGGUUUAUUGGCCGAUCACGUUGUUUUGGAAGGUUUUUGGUGUGUUCCCGGCAAGCGUGCAGGGUGGCCGCCGGAACAGUAACACGUCACUUCCGAUACUGUCCACCGUGCUGCUGUUGGCAUCGAGCUUAUACGCGCUGUUCGCGGGGACGGUGGUCGUGUGCCGGAUCGGCGAAAAGUGCACCAGCGAGUCGAUCAGGAUCCUGAAACAGAUCUACCCGGGCAUAUUGAACGUGACGUCGAUGCUGUCGAGGAUCGCUCUAUCGUACUCGGUUACGGUGGGAUUUGACAAGUACACGGAAACGAUGGAGUGCUACGAAACGUACUCGCCCACGACGGCGGCCGAGGCCAGCCGGUACAAGGUGUUCACGGCCGCGGCUGUGUGCGCAUGCAUGCUGCUGGUCAUACCGGUCAAUGCGAUGCGGUUAUGGAUUCUGUGGACGGACAGCGUUGACCCUACGCUGGCGAUCGUCCAUUACACGUUCAUCUACGUCCAGAACUUGACCAUGUGCUGUUCUGAGACGCAAUUCGCUGAACAGUGUUUCGUGUUGUAUGACAAGCUGAAAACUGUCAACGACGACGUAACCGUGCUGGGCGGGCCCGCAGGGUUGGCACGUUUUUCGAGACACUUCCGCGCGACCGCUGCAGCAACACCCGAUGCGCCCGGCACUGCAGCUGCACUCGCGUCACCCGGUGCUGCGGACGGCGCACAUGCAGCGGUCGCGGACCGUGCGGUGCAGGACCCGUUGGGCAGCGUUGUGGCGGCAACCGUCACAGUCGAGACGCUGCGGAUCAGACACUGGCUGCUGCGCGAAGCUAUCAGCUGUCUGAACCGGCUGUUCGGUGUGCAGCUGGGCAUGUCGGUGUGCGCGCUGUGCGUGAUGUCAUUUUUUGACAUAUAUUACGAGACGUUUCACGUGAUGGGUGAAUACAUAAUGUCUAACUUCAUCAUAUACUCCUGGAUGCUGCACUACGCAGUGCGAUACGUGGGCAUCAUCCUGAUGUCACAUUACACCACGAAGCAGGCUCUUUAUACAAAGACACUUAUAGCAAACUUAAAAAGUAAUUGCUUGGACUGUAGUAUAAAUCAAGAGCUUCAUUUGUUUUUGGAUCAACUUUCUCAUAGUUCUGUCGAAUUCACAGCAUGCGAUAUAUUUACGUUAAAUAUUCGUCUCAUUAUUUCAACUUUUGCUGCUGGUUUGACUUAUCUUGUCAUCUUGAUACAAUACCAGACAAACAUGAAAGUAUGAAAAGUUUCACAUACAGAUUAAAACUAUCAACUUGGUGUGAAAUAUUACGUUAUUUUAUAAGUAGUUUUUUACAUUUAAGUUUAUGCUGUAGUUGUAUUAUACUAUUAUGUAGGUAAAUACUAAAUAGGUAAUAUAUUAUACAGAAUUGUAAUAUAGAUCAGUAGUCGGUACCUACCUACAAAAUAUAAAUAUAUGAUAUAAUUGUAUGCCAUGAAAAUAAUGUGUAAUUAAAAUUCAACAAAUAUUAUCUUUUUAAAAUACAACAUUGAUCGUAGUAAUUAUAGUUACCUACCUAAUUAUAGAUGUAAAUCAAGUACAUAACCUAGAAUCUAGAUGAUAGUUCAAUAUUCCUAUUAACUAUAUUAAGUAUUAACCCGGAAUUAUAAAUCGUUCAGAAUGAUUGUACCUAUAUUAUAAUUUAUAUUAUACAUUUUAGAUUUUGUGCAUUAGAAAUAGUUAAUAAAGCGAAGUAUAUUUUACGAUUAUAUUUAUUUAGGCUAUUACUGU